CCCCGCCCCUAAGUGACGCAUGCGUGGAGGAUAUGCGCUUUGCAGCAAAGUCUUCCUUUACUCCACACACGCUUCUAAGCCUCGCUACUAACUACACUUUAUUCAUCCUCCGUGUCAGGAUAAACUCCACUCGUCUCAGUCAACUUUGGACAUUAUUAGGCCCGCUGAGCUUGCUACUUGUUUUAGCGCGUUAGUUAGCUUAGCUUGCUACUUGUUUUAGCGCGCUAGUUAGCUUAACGUGCUAGUCAGCUUAGCUUGUUAGCUGCUAACAAAGAGACGAGGAUUUGAUCAACACAUCGCUUAGUUAAGAUCAAGUGUGAGUGUAAAGUGUUGUGAUUGUGUGAAAAUGUGUGAAAGAACGAUAGCAGAGUACAAAGAGGAACUUUCUCGGACAAAAGAAGAAAACAAAAGACUACGUCAAAUACUGGACGCUGUUUUCAAGAAACCUCAAGUUGUGUUACACAGAACAGAUGUCCAGCAGCCCCUCAACAUGAAAGAGGAAGAGGAUGAUCCACAGCCCACACACAUGAAAGAGGAAGAGGGGGAUCCACAGCCCACCCACAUGAAAGAGGAAGAGGAUGAUCCACAGCCCACCCACAUGAAAGAGGGAGAGGGGGAUCCACAGCCCCGCCACAUGAAAGAGGAAGAUGAUGAUACACAGCCCCCUCACCUGAAAGAAGAAGAGGGGGAUCUAGAACCCACCCACACGAAAGAGGAAGAGGAUGAUCCACACAUGAAAGAGGAAGAGGAUGAUCCGCAGUCCACCCACAUUAAAGAGGAAGAGGAUGAUCCACAGCCCCCCCACAUGAAAGAGGAAGAGGAGGAUCCACACAUGAAAGAGGAAGAGGAUGAUCCACAGCCCCUUCACAUGAAAGAGGAAGAGGAGAAUCCACACAUGAAAGAGGAAGAGGAGGAUCCACACAUGAAGGAGGAAGAGGAGGGAGAGUGUGUUGUAGGGCAGGAGGAGGAUGAUGUCAGCAAGUUUCCACUGACUGUUGUCUCUGUGAAGACUGAAGAGCAUGAAGACAAAGCACCUGAGUCCUCACAGCUUCAUAACAGUCCAAACGUCCAGCGGGUGUCAGCGGGGAGUCAUGAAGAGGAGUGGCACACCAGUGUGGGACAGAAGGAGCUACAGGCCCCCUCCCACAUUAAAGAGGAGCAGCUUCAUGAUGAAGAUGAAGCUCAGUCCUUACAGCUUCAUCACAGUCAAAGUGAGGAGAACAGAGGGGCGGAGCUUGUAAGUCAACACAUCACAGAAGCUGAUGGAGAGCAUUGUGAAGAUAUCAAGUCAGAACCAGACAGCAUCUUUGCUCCACUGUCAGACAUGGACCACAUGAUGUCACACUCUUCUGAUCACAGUGACCACAUCCAAAAACCUUUGGAGAGUAAAAAUGACUCUAAAGGUGAUACGAGACAUCACACUAACAACAAACACUUUGACUGCUCUGAAUGUGGGAAAUCAUUUAGAAAGAAGAGUCAUUUUACAAGACACACGAGAACACAUACUGGGGAGAAACAUUUUGCUUGCUCAGCUUGUGCUAAAAGAUUCAACACUAAGAAGGAAAUGAUAUUACACAUGAGAACACACACAGGUGAGCAAUCUUUUGCUUGCUCUGUUUGUAAGAAGAGUUUCUCCAGAAAGGAACACAUGACCACACACAUGAGAACACAUACUGGAGAGAAACCUUUUACUUGCUCUGUUUGUAAGAAUAGUUUCUCCACAAAGCAAACCAUGACCAUACACAUGAGAACACACACUGGAGAGAAACCUUUUGCUUGCUCAGCUUGCACUAAAAGAUUCAACACUAAGAAUGAAAUGAUAUUACACAUGAGAACACACACAGGUGAGAAACAUUUUACUUGCUCUGUUUGUAAGAAGAGUUUCUCCAGGAAGCAACAAAUGACCAGACACAUGAGAACACACACUGGAGAGAAACCUUUUGCUUGCUCAGCUUGUGCUAAAAGAUUCAACACUAAGCAUGACAUGACAUUACACAUGAGAACACACACAGGUGAGAAACCUUUUACUUGCUCUGUUUGUAAGAAGAGUUUUUCCAGAAAGGAUUGCAUGACCACACACGUGAGAACACACACUGGAGAGAAACAUUUUGCUUGCUCAGUUUGUGCUAAAAGAUUCAACACUAAGAGGGGUAUUAUAUUGCACAUGAGAACACACACAGGUGAGAAACCUUUUACUUGCUCUGUUUGUAAGAAGAGUUUCUCCAGAAAGCAACUAAUGACCAUACACAUGAGAACACACACCGGAGAGAAACCUUUUGCUUGCUCAGCUUGUGCUAAAAGAUUCAACACUAAGAAGGAAAUUAUAUUGCACAUGAGAACACACACAGGUGAGAAACCUUUUACUUGCUCUGUUUGUAAGAAGAGUUUCUCCAGUAAGCAAAUCAUGACCACACACAUGAGAACACACACUGGAGAGAAACCUUUUGCUUGCUCAGCUUGUGCUAAAAGAUUCAACACUAAGAAGGAAAUUAUAUUGCACAUGAGAACACACACAGGUGAGAAACCUUUUACUUGCUCUGUUUGUAAGAAGAGUUUCUCCAGCAAGCAAAGCAUGACCACACACGUGAGAACACACACUGGAGAGAAACCUUUUGCAUGCUCGGCUUGUGCUAAAAGAUUUAACUCUAAGAGGGAAAUAAUAUUGCACAUGAUAACACACACUGGUGAGAAACCUUUUACUUGCUCUGUUUGUAAGAAGAGUUUCUCCACAAAGCAACGCAUGACCAUACACAUGAGAACACACACUGGAGAGAAACCGUUUAGUUGCACUGUGUGUGUUAAAAGGUUCAGGUCUAAGAAGCAUUUGAGUAAACACAAGUGUGUAACAGUCAUGGAAGCUGCAGGGAUGUAAAAACACUUAAUCAGUGAUUGUGCUAAAUGUAGUUUAAAAACACAGCAUGUUUAAUAUGAAUGUAUAUUUGAUGUUGUAUGUAGUGCUUCUCAUCUUCUAGUCUUAUAUGUUGUCCUGUAGUUACUUUUUAAGUUGUGUGCAUGUAUUGAAUAUUAUAUACCGUAUUUUCCGCACCAUUAGCCGCACCUAAAAACCACAAAUUUACUCAAAAGCUGACAGUGCGGCUUUUAACCCGGUGCGCUUUAUAUAUGGAUAAAUAUUAAGAUUCAUUUUCAUAAAGUUUCGAUCUCGCAACUUAGGUAAACAGCCGCCAUAUUUUUUCCCGGAAGAACAGGAAGCGCUUCUUCUUCUACGCAAGCAACCGCCAAGGUAAGCACCCGCCCCCAUAGAACAGGAAGCGCUUCUUCUUCUACUGUAAGCAACCACCCGCCCCCGGAAGAAGAAGAAAAAACGCGCGGAUAUCACCGUACGUUUCAUUUCCUGUUUACAUCUGUAAAGACCACAAAAUGGCUCCUACUAAGCGACAAGGAUCCGGUUCAUGAAAAGACGCAAUCUCUCCAUCCGCACACGGAUUACUACCGUAUUUCACAGCAACUGAUAUUCCUGUGAACCGCACUGUGGAACGGGAGCACGUACGGUGAAUAUUCGCACCACAGGGAAUGAGAAGUCAUCCUUCACUGUGGUUCUAGCUUGCCAUGCUAAUGAAACUUCCACCCAUGGUGAUAUUCAAAAGGAAGACCUUGCCAAAAGAGACCUUUCCAGCCGGCGUCAUCAUAAAAGCUAACUCGAAGGGAUGGAUGAAGAAAAGAUGAGUGAGUGGUUAAGGUAAGUUUAAGUUUACGCGAAGAGGCCGGGUGGCUUUUUUCACGCAGCUCUGUCCAUGUUGAUAUACGUAUGUUUGUGAUUGCACAUUUGCGUACAUUUUGGGAGUGAACAGAGUUGUUAGAACGCUUGUUUUUAAUAUAUUAUUAAAGUUUGACUGACCUAUCUGACUGUUUUUUUGACAUUCCUUUAGCGCAGUUAGAUGCGGCUUACAACACGGGGCGGCUUAUUGGUGGACAAAGUUUUGAAAUAUGCCGUUCAUUGAAGGCGCGGCUUUUAACCCAGGGCGCCUUAUGGUGCGGAAAAUACGGUAUGUAGCUACUAUUUUAUUUUACUUUAUCAUUGUUGAAGAGAGGACAUCUUAUUUUCAUGUGUUUUUUUUUUGUGUCUUAUAAAAUCAAUUUGUUUCCAUUGCAUUUUAUUGUUAUUAUCCAACUAAAAGUAUGAAUGAAUAAAAUGGUUAACAAAAUGUGGACUCUGGUAGAUUAGCAGCAUUGUUACAUCAUGGAUGUUAACUACUGCAAAACAUCAACUAAGAAGAAAAAUGCUGAAGUUAGCAACACAUCACUGAACUUUAGAGCCAUCGUGAGUGGAGUUGCUUGUUUUUAUUGCUGCAUUUGUACUUAUUUCACCUCACAUCUUCACUUUUAAUCCUAAAGUCUUCUUCACAUAUAUUGUUGUAGGCUUCUAACAUUUAUGUUUCUGAUGUGUGUGUGUAGUCUGUGGAAAGGGUUGUUGUCCCUUGUGGAUCCAACUGUUCACUUGCACAGAUACAUCUUCAUCAUCAUCAAUACCGACCCAAUACUGGAGGAAACCUUUGCAUUAAUGUUUUAAUAUAAGUGUGACCUCAUUAUUCCUUGAUAAUAAGACUAAAAUACAGAUUUAAGCACUGUAUUAGAGUGCUUCUUGUAGUACUCCAACUCGCCACACUGAUAAGUGGGGGCGAUCAUGAGCUAGCAGAUGCAUGUUGCUAUCAUGUUUUAUCAGCGAGGAAGACAGCAUUUGUGUUUACUUUUUUGUCAGAUCCAAGUUUUAAUGCUCUGCUGAAUAAA